AUGGCUGAUGCAUAUACCUUCGUCAAGGGCGGCAAACUAAAAUUAAAGGGUCACAAGGAGAAGAAACACAAGAAGCAUAAAAAGAAGAGAAAGCAUGACGAGAUGGAAGACAUCUCCAAGACCUCAGGUGGUGCUUCCAGUACAGAUCCAGACAUGAUCGCUCAUGGUGGAUGGUGGGUAGCCAAGAAGUUUGAAGAUAUCACUGGGAAUGUUGCAAUCGAGAUAGGUGAUAGUCGGUAUGUUUCUGCUGUUGAUAAUGGCACAUUCAGACUUGGACCAGCAAGAGAUCAAGGUGAUGGACCAGAAGCAGAGGAAAUACUGACAGCUGUACAAGUCUCCGACACAAAACUGGCUCUCAAGUCUGGAUACGGGAAGUACCUGACUGUGGAUCCCGAUGGUGAUGUCACAGGGAAAGCAGAAGCCAUCGGAGAACGCGAACAAUGGGAACCAGUUUUUCAAGAAGGGAAGAUGGCUCUGAAUGGAAGUAAUGGAAAGUUUUUGUCUGCGAACAGAGAUGAUGAAAUUGUCUGUCUUAGUUCUAAGGCUGGGGAACAAGAGAUGAUUAAGAUCAGAUUAAAUUUAUCCUUAGAAGUUGAUCCCAUGGCCAAUAUUCCAAAAGAAGAAAGAGGCAAAGUCAAAGAAGCAGAAAUUAAUUAUGUGAAAAAAUUCCAGAGCUUUCAAGACAGGAGGUUAAAAGUGAGUAAGGAGGAUGUGUCCUCUCUGAAAAAGGCUAAAAAAGAGGGGAACUUUCACGAAACACUGCUUAACAGGAGAGAAAAAAUGAAGGCUGAUCGUUAUUGCAAAUAAGUCCAGCAUGCCUGUUUGCUUUGAUGCAGAAAAUGUGAGAUUGCUCUCUAAAAGACAUUGGAUCAAACUUUAACAUCUUACAAUGAAAACAUAAUAUCCUUCAUUUUUUUUUUAUUCCUGUGAUUUUAAAACUGGAUUUUAAGAUCAAUCAUAUCAAGAGAAGUUUCUGUGCUCAUUGAAUGGCCUAAUUUUGGUUCAUUUUUCUGAGUCCAAUUUUAUUAAAGAUGAUAUAUAGUUUAAUGUGAGGGAUUAAUUUAAGAUAUUAUUUAAUAUUUGUUCCUUCAUCUUGAAUCAUUAUAUUAAAAAAAUCAUACAUAUG